UGGUAGAUCUAAGAACAUAAAUAAGAUAUCUAGUUUGCAUACAUGCUUGUAAUUUUGAUUUCUUGCAUAAUUCAGAAUAAAAACAGCAUAAAAUCUUAUGAAACAAUAGUUUAUUCUGAGUUUUGUCUAUGGUAACAUUUUGAAUGAUUAGUAUAGUUUUUCAUGUUUUCAUGUCGUAUCACGAAUCACAAAUUGUUUGAAAUACUUAAUGGCUGCCAACUCAUCAAUAUAUUGAUAGUUUAUCAUUUACAUUAAGUAUUACUAUAAAUUUUUAUUAAAAUUAGUUAAUAUAAUUUUAUGAAAAAUGCGAAUUAUAAUAUUUAUUUUCGCGAUGUUAUUCGCGUAUGUACAUAGUAUACGAUUUUACCUUGAACCGAAUUCAAUGAAAUGUUUAAAAGAAGAAGUUCAAGCGAAUGUCUUACUUGCUGGAGAAUAUGAAGUUUCUUUAGCACCAGCUGUUAAAACUGAAUAUGUUGUAAAAGAUUCAAAAGGAGAUAUUCUUUCAAAAAAAGAUGAUAUUCCUCAUGGAAAAAUAUUAAAAUUUUCAUUUGUCACAGAAACUUAUGAUACAUUUGAAAUUUGUUUUAUGGCACAUGCCAUACAACCAUCUUUUUCAGGCAAUAUUAAACAAAUUAAACAAGAAAUUUAUUUAAUCACAAAACGUGGAAUCGAAGCAAAGAAUUAUGAAGGAAUUGGUGAAGCAGCAAAACUUAAACCUUCUGAAGUUGAAUUGAAACGUCUUGAAGACUUAUCUGAAGCUAUUGUCCAAGAUUUUGCUCGAAUGCGAAAGAAUGAGGAAGAAAUGAGAGAUACAAAUGAGGCAACAAAUACUCGAGUAUUGUAUUUUAGUAUAUUUUCCAUGUGUUGGCUUCUAGGGCUCUCAAUUUGGCAAGUUCUUUACUUAAGGCGUUUUUUCAAAGCAAAAAAACUUAUUGAAUAAUUAGAAAAAAAUAAUAAUGAAAGUUAUCAAAA